AUGGACAACAUCCUCCGUCAGAAUCACAAGAAGAAGGUGGAACAAUUCGAGAAUGACAUUAAAAAAGAGUUUGAGCAAGUGAAAAAGUGCUCUUUCUUGGCAGACACCUCAUCACAUUCGCAUUGUUUGCAGUGAAAUGGAUUCGAUUCAAAUCGACGUCGAGCCGAACGACGUGGAAAUCACUUCGGACGACCGUGGCUACUGGGAACACGACAUCACGAAUCGGUCGCCGUUCGCGCUCGUCUGCCGCGUCCGCGCCACCAGCUCCUACCUGCUCACCGUCAGUAAAAACGUGUUCCUGCUCGAGGCCAACGACACGUUUAUGCUGAAAGUGCUGCGUGCCGCCCAUCCCAUCCGCUCUCAUCAUCUCAAGUUCGACGUCGUCAAGUAUUGUGCGACUUUUCAUCCAAUCAAUUUGCAUGACUACUUCUCCGGACCGUAUCCUUACAAAACGUUCGUCGUUCGCUAUCACGGUGCACCCAGAUAUUGGUACACAAUUGAAUUUUGAUCGAUACCAAUCUACCGUAAUCCAGGUCGGACGCGUUGGAGCUCAAUGAUUGGUUCAUGAAUCACGACGAUCUGAAGGAGAUGAUGGACGAGGAGAUGAAGAAGACGUCGAAGGAGAAGAAGUCGUCGCAGCAGGACGAGACGGACAAACCGGCGCGGGAGCAGGAGAGCAGUGACAGUGAGUACGAAGAGGCGAUGGACGAGAUUCCCGACGGCAAUACGGUAGGAAGCACAUGUGCAGCAAAAGCAAGAAACAAUUUUAGGCCAACGUGAAUCUGACGAACGUGUUUCUGAUGGCGGUGCAAGAUGUGGACGGAGACAAAAAGAGCAGCGGAUCGGACAGCGACGAGAAAGACGACGAGGCGGCGGCGCCGGACCCGAACGAAUUCGACGGAUGGGGCGAGAGUUUGAAUGGAUAA